AUGUACAGAAGCGGCAAUAUUGUGGCUAGGAUUUUUGAUCGUCAAAUUUGCACUCCUGCUCCUGGCACUAGUGUUCAUUAUGCUCGGCGAUUCUAUGAAAAUUUGGUACCGAGUUACACAGUUUAUGAAGUUGAGUGCCCAGACCAUUCAUUUCGUAAAUUCACUGAUGAUGGACAAUACCUUAUAAGUUUCAGCAGAAAUCAUCAGGAGCUGAUCGUUUAUAGGCCUAGAUGGCUUUCUUUUUCAUGCAAAGAUGAAGAUUGUGAUAAACAUGAUUUGCCACCUAGAGCUAAGAGAUUUGACAGUUUUUUCACCCAAUUGUAUUGUGUAUCACUUGCAUCUUGCAAUGAACUUAUAUGUAAAGAUUUCUUUCUUUACAUGGAGAGUAAGCAAUUUGGACUGUUUGCUACAUCAACAGCCCAAAUUCAUGAUGCGCCUGCUGCUGGAGGAGCUGUCCAUGGUGUUCCUUCAAUUGAGAAGAUAACUUUCCACCUCUUGAGACUGGAAGAUGGAGAGAUCUUGGACAAGAAGGUCUUCUGCAAUGACUUUGUUAAUUUAACCCAUAAUAUGGGUGUCUUCUUGUAUGAUGACCUAUUGGCAAUUGUAUCACUUCGCUAUCAAACUAUACACAUUCUUCAAAUUAGAGAUGCUGGUAACCUUGUUUAUGUACGUGCUAUUGGGGAAUUCUGCCGUGAAGAUGAUGAGCUUUUUCUCAAUUCAAAUGCUCAGGGCAUGGCAUUGUCUGACAAAUAUAAACAGCACCAGUUGCCUGGGAACCACAUUGAAAAUCACAUGCAUCAAGGCCAGCCUAAUCUGGGGAAUUCUUUCCUAAGUGGUAUAAAACAGCGAUUGCUUUCCUUCAUAUUCCAGGGGCUAUGGAAUGAAGAACGAGAUGAUACCUUGAGGAUUCAAGGGCUUAGGAAGAAAUUUUACUUCCACUUUCAAGAUUAUGUUGAUUUGAUUAUCUGGAAGGUACAAUUCUUGGACCGACAUCAUUUGCUAAUCAAGUUUGGUAGUGUAGAUGGAGGGGUGUCACGAAAUGCUGAUCACCAUCCAGCUUUUGUUGCUGUAUAUAACAUGGAUACAACUGAAAUCGUAUCAUUUUAUCAGAAUUCAGCAGAUGAGCUUUAUCUGUUGUUUGAGCAGUUCUGUGACCACUUCCAUGCAACAUCAAGGAAUUCAAUGUAUAUGAAUUUCAUAUCUUCUCAUUCAAACAAUAUUCAUGCACGGGAACAGCUUAGGAGCAUAAAGGAUAAGGCAAGCAAUCCUUCACAGUUUGUGAAGAAGAUGCUUGCCUCAUUGCCUUUCAGCUGUCAGUCUCAGAGUCCUUCUCCUUACUUUGACCAGUCUCUUUUCCGGUUUGAUGACAAGCUGAUUUCUGCAACUGAUCGACAUAGGCAGUCAACUGACCAUCCAAUCAAGUUUAUUUUAAGGAGGUAUCCAUAUCCUCUCAAAUUCAAGAUCAAACCAGGUCCUGAAGCUGGUAGUAUGGAUGGUCGUGCGAAAAAGAUCUCCUCGUUCCUUUUUCAUCCAAUUUUGCCCCUUGCCCUCUCCGUUCAACAGACUUUGUUCUUGCAGCCUUCAGUUGUAAAUAUCCACUUUCGAAGAUGA